AUGGCAGCCUUUCUCUCUGCCAGCCUGGGGGUAUUUGCGCCCUCUGACACCUACCCCCUGCCUGCCACCAGCUCCAGCUGUGAGGCCCUGCGGGGUUUGCCGUACCCCUUGCCCCCCGCCAGGGACUCUGCAGGGACCCAUGCCAUGGCCGACCCCAUGGGGCAAGGCCCCAAGAACCCACAUGUGUCCAAUGUGACGGUGCAGCUGGAGAUGAAGGCUCUGUGGGAGGAAUUCAACCAGCUGGGCACGGAGAUGAUUGUCACCAAGGCGGGCAGGAGGAUGUUCCCUGCCUUCCAGGUGAAGAUCCUGGGCAUGGAUGCGCUGGCCGAUUAUGCGCUGCUCAUGGACUUCGUGCCCCUGGACGACAAGAGAUACAGGUACGCCUUCCACAGCUCCGCCUGGCUGGUGGCGGGCAAGGCCGACCCAGCCACGCCCGGCCGCGUGCACUUCCACCCCGACUCGCCCGCCAAGGGCGCCCAGUGGAUGCGCCAGAUGGUGUCCUUCGACAAGCUGAAGCUCACCAACAACCUGCUGGACGACAACGGCCACAUCAUUCUCAACUCCAUGCACCGCUACCAGCCCCGCCUCCACGUGGUGUUCGUGGACCCGCGCAAGGACAGCGAGCGCUACGCCCAGGAGAACUUCAAGUCCUUCGUCUUCACGGAGACGCAGUUCACGGCGGUGACGGCCUAUCAGAACCACCGGAUCACCCAGCUGAAAAUCGCCAGCAAUCCUUUUGCCAAGGGCUUCCGAGAGAGUGACUCUGAUUCCUGGACAGUUGCUCCACGGCCACUGCUUGGCGCCCCAGCCCGGAGUCGCAGCAGCCUCAGCCCCUGCCUUCUGAAGGGCUCCACAGAGCAGAGGAGAGAACCCAGCAGAGCUCCAGCCCCCACCUCCAGGACGGCAGUCCGGCUUCACCACCAACUGCUGACCCCGCCCGAGACACUGCUGACCCCGGCCACCUACCGGCCACUCACAUACCAGGGCCUGUAUCCUGGGGUCUCAAGCCCUCUGGGGGUCCCCAGGGCCCGCCGGACACCAUACCCUCUUCCCAGUAUGCAGGCUGAUGGGGAGCAGACGGGUCUGCCCGUCGCAGCUGGGCUGAGGCUCCUGUCUCCGGGGGGGCCUGGCCAGGACCCUCAGAUAAGGGUGGAGACUUGUGGACAGCGUCCCUUUACCCUGGACCCACCCCUCUAG